AUGGAGAAUGCAAAACCAGUUGGGGAGGAAAAGGAGCAACUGCUUUUACGAGCUCAAAUGGAUGAACUUCUUAAGGAACGUAAAAAUGAACUCACUCAUUUCCUCAGCUGGAUUUUUACUCACUAUAGCCUCAUCAUGGAUAAGGAGAAACCUACCACAUCAAAGGGAUGGGCAAAAGUGUUUGGGGCUGGUGGCGAAUAUGGUUUGCUUACAUCACAGGAUUACAAAACCAAGUUGCACUUUCUGUUUAAUGCCAAGGAUUAUUCCCAGAUUCAGCUCAAGUGUGCCACUAGGAUAGCUCGGAACGUUAUUCAUAAAAUUGUUCGUACAGACGCUGCUAAGGUAAUAGAAAAGCAGGUGGACGACAUUCAGGUGGUGAGAAUGAUGCCAGAAUCUAUGGAUGACAUUGAUGGUCCGAUGCAGGGGAAGAUUCGUUAUAUAAGGGGUGCAUGUGUAGCAAAAUGUCUCUUCAAAUUAGGCCAAAGUGUCCGCAGGUGUAUUGGCAGGCCAACUGAGAGAAGAGUGGCGUACACGCAGAGGAGUAUCUUGUCUCAGUUAAAAGUGAAAGAGCAAGACAUUUUUGCUUCAUCAGAAUUCAUGGACAGCCUUGAGGAAACUGCCUUUCGACAGGGUCCGGGUCGCCAACUGGUCAAUAUUUCUGAUGAAGCAUUUAAGUUCUUUUGUGAUCUAUUUCUUUUGUUAGGAAGGACAUUCUCUCCAGAAAGGUACCAUAUUUUUGGUGAAAAUCUCCUUGCAAUUGCAAGGAACACUGCUCAGGAGAAUCAGAGUCUAAUGCAUAAGUGGUUCACUUUAUUUGAUUUUAUUACACCACAUGAUGAAGCUGAAGAUGAAGGGAUGGAAGACAUGUUCCUUGUGACACUCAAUGACCUUUACUACAGCAUUUCCUAUCACUUCACAAGGAUCAUGUUCAAGGAAAUGCUAUUCCUCUUGAAAGAAGACCUGCCUCGCAAGAAGAAGCAAGCUCUCUGUUUCCGUUGGGUCCAAAGGCUGGAUCACAAAAAAGACCAACCAACACUGAAGGCCACUGAUGUGACUGAACUUCAGAAAGAGGUGUGCAGAAUCAUCCGAGCAGGAGAAAUCUGUCAGAAUGAAGAACCACCACCCCCACUUUCCAGCGCCUUUGAACGUCCGGACAAGUAG